AUGGAGCUGGAUGAAUUGCGCGCCGAGAUCGCGCGGUUGUCAUCGGCGCUAGAAGAGGCAUCCGCAGCUAACAUAAAGGCGGGGGAAUACGGUUUACAGAUACUCGAUGAAAAGCAACAGUUGGAAGUGAAAUUGGUUCAGCUGCAAGCACAGUAUGACGCAGCAAAAGCCGAAGUUGACGCCACAAAAAAGGCAUUGGCACAGUUUCAAUCACAGCAAAAAUCAGUUGUAAAAUCAGAAAUCGAUCAUGAAGAAAGUCUUCUGGAAGAGACUAUGAAUAGGGAACAAGAAUACGUGUCACGAAUUGCAUCAUUGGAGUUUGAACUGAAAAGCACACAACAGGAACUGGAGAGGUACCGAUCCGACUUGGAUCGGCUUCAAACACUUCACACAAGUGCCUCAGAAACAGCGCUUGACCUUGAUACACAGAAAAAACAUUUGAAAGAGGAGCUGAGAGAGUUGAAGCUUCGUGAGCAAAGGCUACUCAACGAUUACUCGGAGCUCGAGGAAGAAAAUAUCGGCCUCCAGAAACAGGUGAAUUUUCCACGAUACAAUACAUUAUUAUAG